GUGGGAUGUUCCGAUAUCUUUCCUGCCAAUUUCUCAUGCAGCAUAUGUCAUCAGCGGCCUGAAGGAAUCAUGAUGAUAUUAAUACUCAACUCAACAAGUAGCUCAUUUGUGAGGACAAGUUCCAGACUACAAAAGACUCCUGAAUGGCGAAUGGUGAUUUGAACCCUGCGAUAGCGGGACCCCACAAACGCCAACUCAGGAAUUAUUCGGUGAGCGGGAACGGGUCCUGGGGCCACCGGAUGACAGUUCAUGUCGUGAGGGGUGCCAUUCUUACCUCGGCAGUAUUGGGUACCAUAUAUGUGAAAACUUUGCAAUGGUACAUGGACGCUCUAUGGCAGUGGCUACUAACCACGUGGGUGUACAACUCUGUGUACUUCGAGACGUGGUUUGUGACGGUCUGUUACGCAAUUCUAACGGCUUUCCCGCUGGCCAUGGAUCAUAUAGCUUGGUUCGAUUGUUACAAAAUCCACCCGUCAGUCCGCUACACGCACACUACGAUACUCUCUAUGCUUGUGGACGCCAUCAUUUACGACACGCCAUUAAUGCUACUAGACACUUUCAAAAUCAAACGAUACGCGGGAGUGGAUAGUGGGCUACUCGAAGAGAGGGAAAGGUACUGGAUUCAGACAACUCGUGCCUUGCCGAGAGAGGCGCCAGCCGUUGGACAAUUCGUGUGGCAACUCGCCGCCAGUAUUCUUGCCUUCGACGCUGCUUUCUUCCUCAUCCACUACGGGUUUCAUCGAAAUAGUCUACUUUACAAGUAUAUACAUCGUCAUCAUCAUAAACAUGACGUAAUUUAUUGUCACGUGACCAAUCAGCUAACGAUUCCAGAACGCCUCGCUCUGAUUCUGUCAGCCAAUGAAGCGUUGAAGAUCUUCAGCAGCCAUCCGCUGACGCGAACAGCGUUUGUGCCCGUGUUUAUCUGGAUGUUGAUUGACAAUCAUUCCGGAUAUGACGUACCAUGGGGAGCGCAACACGUCAUACCUUUCGGACUGUACGGUGGUCCAGUCAAACAUUACUACCACCACGAACAUGGUGGCAGAUACUACCAGCCAUUCUUUAGCUACUUUGACAAACUUCUGUUAAAAGAGCCAAAUAACAACAACGAUCUCAAGGAUUUAUGGUCGAGAAAAGAUCAUUGAUGACGCAUCCUGUAGAAAAGAUAAAAUAAUUAGUUUACUUCUUAUAUAUUGACUGAUGUACAACUGUUGCUUUUAGGAUGAGCUUUUAGACAAAAGCUUCGCCUGUCACCUUAUAAUCAAAAUUCGGUUGGGCAGCAGACGACGUCACUUAGCUUGACACACGGUGACGUCAUUCCGGUGGCUGUAAAUACCAAAUUAAAAGCUCAAGGUGAAGCCGUCCUGUAGCAAUGAAGGAAAAGCAUGCUUACAACUCUCUUGCUGUAUCUCUGCUAAAUAUAUGUAUAUAUCGCUUUGUGUUAUAUUUGGGGAAAGAACAUCAAAGCAAUGUUCUUUGCUCUCAACGACAUAUACCUGUUGAUCUUCGAUGACAUUUUUUAAAAAUAGCCAACAGGUCAGUAAAUGUUUACCCAAGCUAAGCAUUUGUCAAGAUUAUGUUUAAUAUUUUUUAAUUGCUUAUAAACUUUUCGUAAAGUUGUGGAGUUUUACUUUCUGUUUGUUAAAUGUGAUGGCAACACACUGAACAAUUUCAGUCAAAGACCAGUGUGAUUAUAAUCACUAAUUACAGUUAACACCUAAUCGGGGAAUAUGUUUAAAUCCAAUUCUGCUUAACCCACGGGUUUGGGGAGCAUGUAAUUUUUUACUGUUUGACCAUUUACUUGAACAGUUAGAAUAAAUCCUAACUGAGGUGAAUUGGAAAGGGACCGUUUUUCACCUGUUACCGUUGGCCAUUUGCCAACUAUCACACUGUUGUCGCUGCUCUUGUUUUAAUCUCCGUGCUAUAAGGCUUUUAUAUUCAUUGGCCCGAUAUAAUGCUCAUAAAACCACAUUGUUUAAGAUUACUCUUGUUGAUUAUUACCAGAUGUUCUACAGUGCACAACUGAAUAUCUAUGCUCAUUGACGUUACGUUAUAGGGUUGUAAUUCUACUGCCUUUCACCUCGUCUUACUGUGCAUGUACCGCGAAAAUUCCCCAAAAUGUUCAGUUUUGUAAUCAGGCACUGUAUAAAAGUAUAGCGAGAUUUUUUGAUAAAUCGUCAUUAUUUGCUGUAGUUAAGCACCACAUACUGUGUAAUCGCUGCAGCGGCAUUAAGUAUAAGUAUACUUAAUUUAUAAGCAAAUUCUUUCAGUUAAAUGUUAAUGGUUAGCUUGAUAAGCCUAUAUGUUUCGCCUGUGUGCUAGCUUUCUAUAUACGUGUAUAUGGAGCGACAUCAUGCUGUCUCGUUUAUAGCCCGCAAUCAUUCCAGAGUAAUAUUUGCUCAGUUGCCCUCAGCGCGAGGCCAGCUACCGAUAUGUUAGGGCUUAUAUUGCGCAUGCACAGUCAUCUACCUCAUUGAAUGUGCUGAUUCUGUUUGCUUGAUUCAUGUAUUUUAUUUCC